CUAUCCAAACACGGUGGAAACACUACCCAGCCGUCCAUCCCAAUCCACCAUCUUUCCCCACCACCACCAACCAAAGUCGCCCAAUCCACCAUCCUUUAAACACACCGAUUCAUCUCCUUCCUUCCUCCCUUGAUUUGGUGCUGCCAUGGCAAAUCUACCAUGGCUGCCGGCAGACCCACCCCCGUCCCCUCUCCACGCACUCGCCACCCUCAUCACCAACGUGUUUCCUCUUCAAUCCCUCUCUUCUCCGGUGAGCCAUAACCAACCUUUCCCUUUUCCGUCGACCCCCACUCUCUCAUGCUCUUCGACGGUGAUGUUUGGUUACAAGAAUAGUGGGUUUAUUUAAUUUGUUUUAAAAUAACAUGUGUCAUGAUAUUACUGGGCCAACUAAAAGGUUCAGUAUAUUGGAUACUCACAAGUGAGUACCCAAGUUUUGUCGUCUAUGUGACGGCAGUUUGGCUACAAACCCACCGAGUUUAUGCUAUGUGGAUCUGUUGUCCCAUGGAAAACAUCACUUCUUAAUCGAUUUAGCGACCAUUUGCAAAGCGCAGUUGUAUCCAAGCUUCUCCACAUCCUCCUCCUUCACCAUGUUUCCUGAAUUUCGCAGAGGUCAAAGAAAUAGCAGCGUUUCAGCACCGUUUCAGCACCGUCUUCUUUUACUGCAAUGGCGACAGUGGCGUCAGAUUCCGACCCAGAAGGAGUAGGUCACUGCAACCCCUCAAAGUUAUGGACUAUUGGGGCUCUCUUGAUCCUCCCUUCAUGCAAAAAGGCGGAGAAAUUUCCCCAAAAGAUCACAACUUUGAGUGCUCCGGCUGCUUGGAAAAUCUUCAAAGUCGGCAAGAACAUCUCAUCAGUCAUUUGGAUCCUACGAUUAUGGGGUUUUCAUCAUUGCUUGCAAAUUCGAGACUGAAUCUUUUGAGGGUUGAUGAUCCAAGAAAUCUUCUUGGCCACUUCGGAUUGCUUCAGACCACCAUAACUGGGUUUCCAAUGGUUUCAGAAAUUGAUACUGAUGUGGCAAAUGCCACUGCACUGGUUAACUAUAACGCAUUUGUCAGGUCAAGUGCUUCAUGCACCGGGUGACCCAUGCUAGUCAUUAUCCGUUCAUAUCCAAUCAAAUCCACCAAGCUUACCUUAAAUGAGGGGUGGAAUUUAUUGAGGCGCUUUAUAAAAUGGCCUUCAUAGGGUUUGUUUGAGCAAUGAGGAUUGACCUUAUCGCGGCGGAGGUCUUGUAAAUACUUUCGCUGGUCGGUUUCUUGAAGAAGAGCAAUUGGAUAUAAAGGGAUCGAGGGUUUACUAGUGGUGAAUCGUUGAGUAGAUCAGUUGCACGGAUAUCACAUUUACGAUAAUCGAGGAGACUGGAAAAUAACAAAUAGCAGUAACUAUGACGUCAGACGGAAAUAGACGUAAGAGCGCAAGGUUACUGGAUGCGGAAAGCAAGGGCAAGAAAAUAUGUUACGCUGAAGAGGAUGUGUCUUCUGAAGAAGAUGAUUCCUGCCAGACACGGAGAAGAAAAAAGGUUCAGAUUGGACCUGUCCAAGAUCCGGCCGCAAGCAGAAAUGAGAAUAAACUGAAAACAAAGGUUGACAAUACACAUGCUGGUGAUGCUGCCAUGCCAUCAGAGACGCCUCUACCAGAAUCAUGGAAGCUUGAACUGCUUCUUAGCUUUCUGCGAAACUACAGGAAAGACUCUUACAAUAUGUUUGCAAAACCAGUAAAUCCACAAGAGGUUAAAGGGUACAAUGAUAUCAUUAAGGAGCCAAUGGAUUUCGGCACGAUUUCAGAAAAACUCAGUGCAGGAAGCUACAGAACACUGGAAGAAUUUCAGCAUGAUGUGUAUUUGGUGUCAGCCAACGCAAUGUCAUACAACCCCCCAUCCUCCAUUUUUAAUAGAGAGGCUCGUGAUAUUAAAAUUAUAGCGGAUGAGUUGUUUGGUGCACUGAAGAAUGACCUCAAAAGCUUUGAAAGUGUGCGUUCCUCAAAAACAUCACGAGCUGGUAUGAGGAGCAAGAACAUCACGAACAGUUCUGCUGAUAGGUCAACUAAUGGGAUGCCUUCAAGGGGUAGGUCGCAAGGGGUUGCCGAGCAGAAGUUACAAAAAGCUGAAGUUCUUAAUCCUCAGUUUUCAACUUCAAACUUUCAGCGUAGAGAUCUAGAUCUUAAUGUGGCAUUAUCUCAUAAUGGCAUCAAUAAUUCUCAAUCUUCAAAUAUCCUUCUGAGUUCCACCCCAACUCAGUACUGUGGUGCACAAACAAACGUUGGGCGCCAUAAUGGUCAGUUUAUUGGGACUCUGCCCUCAAUCAAAGCCUCCUUUAACAGCAGCAUUGGAACUGAUGUUGGUAGGGGUAGGGGUCCCGUUAUAACUAAUCUGCCUGCUUCAGAACUAAGGAGGCAAUUUGAAAAGGUUUAUGGUCCAUCGCCAUCUUCUUCCAGGUGGUGCUGCCCUCAGGGUAAUUCAAGUUGGACUCCAGCAUUUUGCUCCACACUUGGGCUGAACUCAAAUUGUUCGGGAGGUGAACCACGUCAAUUUCAACCUAUGGGUGGUAGAGGAUGCACACCGUAUGGAACUAAUAGUUCCAAGCAGGCAAGCGAAGGUCUGAACCGGUUGAGGCCAGCGCAGAUAGGGCCACAACGACCUGUCUUCCAACCAUUCGAGCAGCAAGGGCAAGGCUGGAGCACACCAACCUCUGGAAGCCAAGGUCUGAAUCCAUUGAGGCCAGCGGAGAUAGGGCCACGACGACCUGUCUUCCAACCAUUCCAGCAGCAAGAGCAAGGCCGGAGCACACCAACCUCUGGAAGCCAGGGUCUGUACCGGUUAAGGCCAGUGGAGAUAGGGCCACGACGGCCUGUCUUCCAACCAUUCCAGCAGCAAGGGCAAGGCCGGAGCACACCAACCUCUGGAACCAGCAUGAGGCCUAUAAAUUUGUCAGACGUAGAUCAAUGGUUUGGGCAUCAUUGGAGUGGAGGGGUAUCAAACACUGGAGCUCCUCCUGCAAGCUCACAAGGGCUAGGUGCUGCGGAAACAAACAUGUUUCCUUUGAACUCUCCGCACUCAGGGGGAUCAAACACUGGAGCUCCGCCUGCAAGUUCUCAGGGAUGUGACUGAACCCGUGGAAAUAUCGGCCAUGAAGGUUGUAUGAAUAUGUUGCGUGAACAAGCAUGUCAGUGUGCUCGCGGUUCUGUUUUAUCGUACCGUUUCCAUUUCGUCAGAACAUAAGAGUUUGAAGUUAUGCUUUGUUGUUUUUUUAUGAAACUGCUGAGAUGAACUCAACUUUUGGCUUUGGUUUUGGUUUUUCCUAGACAAUUACAAUCCAUCUUCUGCUUGUUGCA